AUGUGUCUAAUAUUAUUUUUUCUCUUUCCCCUCUGCAAUUCCGUACCAGAGUUGGUUUCAUAUAGAUGCCUGCACACAUCUUCUCCAUAUCUCCAACUCUAUCCCUCUUAUUCUUCCGAUAUGCUGGACCCCCGUUCUCUAAUUGCAGAAGCAGAAAAAUUGGCCAAGCCCCAGACCGGCUUCUUUUCGUUUUUCGGCGGCUCGUCUUCCUACAGACUUGAAGAGGCCACCGAUCUCUAUAUCCAAGCGGCCAACGCAUUUCGCCUCAAGAAAGACUUUGGCCUGGCGGGCCUGCAGUUUUUGAAAGCAGCAGACUUGCAAAGCCAACUUAGCAACCACAAUGACACGGCGAACCACCUUAUCGAGGCGUACAAGUGUUUCAAAAGCGUUUCGCCUGCUGACGCCAUUGACGCCUUAUCAAGAGCAAUCCACAUUUUCUUGACGCAAAACGGCCAGUUUAGACGGGCGGCCAACUUCCAGAUGGACUUGGCGGAGCUCUACGAGCAAACCGGCGACGUCGAGAACGCCACGCUGAGCUACGAAAAGGCGGGCGACUACUUUUCCACCGACCACGCCGAAGCGCUUUCCAACAAGGCGUUUUUGAAGUGUGCCGACUUGAACGCCGGCCUGGGCAACUACAGAAAGGCCCGGGACUUGUACGACAACAUCAUCAAGAACCUGGUGGGCAACAACUUGACCAAGUGGAACUUGAAGGAGUACUUUUUGAAAAACAUCUUGUGCACGUUAUGUAUGGACGACGUUGUGGAUGCCCAGAAGCGGCUCGAUGCCUUUGCCGAAGAGGAACCUUCGUGGCCGACUACAAGAGAAUACAAGUUGGUGCUGGACAUUUUGGCGGCCAUUGACAGCGGAGAUGUCCAGGCGUUUUCCGACACGGUGUAUGAGUUUGAUCAGUUCAGCAAGUUGGAUAAGUUGAAGACGCAGUUGUUGUUGAAGAUCAAAAACUCUGUCGUUGAAAACGACGACGACGACUUGACCUAG